UUACACAUCGAUAUGAUUGGUAAUUAGGUGUUAUUUUUAUUUAUUUACAUAAACAAAUAAUAAUGAAGCUGAAUAUACAGCGACCGGGGGAAGCCUCUAAGGGCAAGUUCCGAGGUAAAAAUACAUCCGGUGGCCCUAAAUCAAGCCGCAAACCUAAAAGCACAAAUAUGAAGUCAUCAAAGCCCAAAACGCCACCAAAGAAACAAAAGACGGCGUUAUCGAAAGCCAGUAAAACCCAGAGCAAGAAAGAUAAUGAUACAUUAAAUGAAGGUGUGGUCAACUUUGACGCUAAACGCAAGCGUAACAAGGAACCUGUCACACUAAAGGCCAAGCUCGAUAAGGCAAAAGGAAAGAAACCAAUAGCUAAGAAAAGAUCCACAAAGGAAACUACCAAGAAACCUAAUGUGAAGAAAGAAGUGAAAAAGUCAAAAGAAGAGAUGAUAAAGGAAAUCAAUAAAAUAUAUAGCAGACUCUUAGUUGAUCACAAGAAGCAGGAUACCGUGAAAACAACUAUAGCCGAGUUGAUUCGGAAAAUCGGUGCCGACAACUACAGUGUGACCGCUAAUAAAAGACACAUAUCUAGAGUGCUCCAAGCAUGUUUGAAAUACGGCGAUACAAAAGUACGCACGUCCAUAUUCGAAUCGCUCAAGAAGGACUUUUCACUACUUAACCUAAACGUGCACAGCGCAAGGUUCCUCAUCAAGGUCUUCCACUACUGUAACGUGGAUGCCAAGGCAUUCCUACGGCAGUCGUUCUUCAAUGAUAAAAACAAAGUACUGCUCUUCUCUAGAUACGGGUCGCUCGUCAUGGACGUGAUAUACCAGAAGCUAAGGAACAAGGAACAGCUGGAAAUACUAAGGCUCUAUGCCCUAUCCAACCACUUUGUGAUGGACAAGGAAUCCCUAAGGAAGGCCGAGCAGUGUGGGUCAAUAAACCAGCUGAUAACAACAAUAAACGAUAGUGAGACUAAGGAUACCUGUGUCGAGAUGUUGAAGAGCUCGGUACUGAAAAUGGUUGACAAGGCGCAAUUGACCGCCGCACUAUCGCAUGAUAUAGUUUAUAUGUAUUGGAGGUUAUGUGAUGAUAAAAAGGAAGUGACCUCUUUGCUACUGCCAGUGUUCGGUCAACUGCUCUCUACUCGCAACGGUAACACAGUUUUGUGCGACCUAUAUGGGUACGCCGAUAAAAAGGCUAGGAAAACAAUGCUGAAAGCAUUGAAAACGGAUUUCCCAGAAGCCGUUUAUAACUCUGUAAACGUUGGUUUCCUUAUUAAGGCCGCAUUGGCCACCGAUGACACGAAGAUGACAAUAGAGUGCCUGAUCAAGCCACUGCAGGAUGACCUGAGUAAGGUAUUAUCGCAUCAAUACGCACACCUAUUUAUCAAAUCGAUCCUAGAUAACGCAAAGGACAUCGAAUCGCAUACCAGCUUGAAAAAUCUAGAAACUAGGCAACGGGAAUUGCGUGACUACGUCCUACCGUUACUAACAGAUCUGUUCACGACCAUAGAGCUAAAGGAAGUCAUCCAAAACAAAAGCGCGUGCGCAAUACUCCAGGGAACAAUCAAACUGUCCGGUUCUGCCGAUAUACUGCACUCAGUAGUCGACGUCCUGAGGGAUGACGUCGAUGAUGAGAUGAAGCUUCUCCAGAACCUUGACACCCUGCGGUUCAUCCAAUCAUUAAUAAAGAAGCCAGGUGAGACCUUGGAAUCCCUAAAACCUUAUCGGGAAUUCUGGCCAGUAGUUAAAAUUAAAGCAAACCGCAUACUCACAAGCCAGUGUGUCUUCAUAUUGGUGGAUAUACUAGAAGCAGCAAUGAAGCAAGAGGACGAAGAAACUAUUGCUGACUUUAAAGAGACAGUAACUAUAGAAAAGGUUAAAAAAGCAUGCGCAAGCCUCAAAAAACAAAAGGAAAAACACGUCGGGAUAGAUAUACUGCUGAACCUUAUAUCGCAAUAAGCUAUCAAC